GGAUAGCCGACAACUUCAUGUGCAAUCAAUGCACAGCAAGGCGCAAGGACCCACCUCCUGUGGAGAAGCAGAAGCUGCACCGAUACACCCAUGCAUUAGCGAGGUGCACUCGCAAGGCAGAGCAGAGCCCCGAUGGCGUCACGCCCACGACAGAGGACAGGAUGUCCGCGCUGGAAGAGACCGUCUGGAUGCUGACCGGCAAGAUAGAGCGCAUGGAAGCGACCCUAUCUCGCGUUGAACGCUUGCUCCUGUGUAGUCUAUCAGACAGAAAUCAAGCAUCCGCAAGUGCAACCUGAAGCAAUUAUUUAUCGUAUAUUUAUUUGACUGUAGACCGUUGUUUGAGUAACUGUAUGC